AUGGAGGAAAGAAACGCAGAGCAAGCUGCUGAGCAGAAAGCUCUGGAACAACAAGCAUUUCGCGGAGUCAUACAUCCUCCGAAACGGGCUGAAUAUGCGGAAAUGAAGCGAUUUGGCGGAAAGGUUGCCGUUGCUAGAGAAUUUUUGAAACGGGUUUCGCCGCGGCCGAACAAUGUUUGCUACGCAGGAUUAGCUAUGGCUCGACCAGACGCUAACAUCCAGAUGUUAGACGUCUACAGUAUUCUUCCAUUUGAUGAUCCAGAUGGUGGUGUCUGGAAGCAGGGAUUCGAUAUCAGUUACAGUUCAGGUGCAGUGAAGCGUGAGAAAAGACUGGAAGUGAUCGUGGUACCGCAUUCGCAUACUGAUCCAGGUGAAGAUACGCCAGUUGUGCUCUCCUGUAAUGUUUGCCGCUGCUUGUUGCCUCCAAAGUGCAUCAUGUAUGCGCCCCAUUUCUUCAUAAUUUUGCGUCGGUUAGUGACAGGUUUUUGUUUCCAGGUUGGAUAA